AUGACUGUUAAUCUAAUUAAAAAACACAAUGAUAUUCCUCAAAAAAAUUAUCGUUCCAAUAAUAUAUCUUUAAAAGAUAAAGGGAAUGAUCUUCAUUUAAGAAGAAGAAAGGAAGAAACAUGUAUAUCUUCAUUUGUAAAAAAAAACAUAAAAGAUGUGAGACAUACAAAAGAUACACAUGUAACUAAUAAUAAACUAACAAAAACAAAAAUUGAAGACAAAAUAAAUCAUAAUAUAAGUAAAACAAAUAUAAUUAAUGUGAAUAGAAAAAAUGGUUCUGAUGAUAUUAUGAAGAAAGGAAAUAAUUAUUCUUCGUCUUUUCAAACUAGAAGAAAUAAUAUAAACAACAUUAAAAAUAUCACAAAUGAUAUCACAAAUGAUAUCACAAAUGAUAUCUCAAAUGAUAUCAAAAACAAUACUGUAAUUUAUAAUAGCGAUUAUAUAAAAAAUAAUCAAGCUAGUUGUAGAAGAUAUAAUAUUAAUUCAAAGGAUCUAAUAAAUAAUCAUUUAAUUAAAAAAAAAAAAUUAAUAGUUGAUGAUGAAAAAGAAAAUCUUUCUGAUAUUAUAAAAGAAAGUGAUCAAUUAAGAAAUGAAACAAACCAAAAGAAUAAAUAUAAUAAUAUUGAUAAUAAUAAAAAUAAUUAUCAAGAUAAAACAAUUUAUAUUGUUGAUGAAGAGGAAAAAAAAGAAGAAAAUUUUUUUAAAAAUAAUUAUAAAAUAAAUGAAUCUCUUAAUAUAAACCAUAUAAAAAGAGAUGAUAUAAAUACUUGUUCUGUUAUCAAAGGGUUAUCAUCUAAACAGACAAAUAAUACGUUUAUACAAGGUUCUAAUGUUCGAUUUAUUAAAAAAAGUUGUAAUGAGAAAAUAAAAAAUAAAAAUAAUAAUAUAAAUAUUGAACGUCACCACGUUAUAUCUAAAUAUUCAAAAAUGGAAAAUAAAAAAGGUGAUAGUUAUAAUGAUAAAAAUAAAGAUACAAAUAAAAAUAAAAAUAUAUAUGAAGAAAUAAAAAACAAUUCUAAUCAUAUAUAUUAUAAUAUAAAAUCAUCAACAAUUUGUAAAGAAAAAAAAUCAAACAAAACAUAUAUAUCAUCAAUUAAUAAUAUAAAUGAUAACGAAAAUAUUGUAAAUAAUAUGAAGACACAUACAAAUGAACCAUGUGAUCAAAUUUCAAAUAGUCAUAUAAAUAUAAUAACAAAUAAAAAUAUCAAUGAUACAUCUUUUGAAUGUAUAGAUAAUAAUAUGAAUCGUAACGAAAAAUUUAUUAACAAUUCUUCUAUAGAAGAAGGUAAACAUAUUUUUUUUAGAUCCAAUGAAAACAAUAUUAUAAUUGAUAACGAUAUAAAUAAAGAAAUAGAUAAUAAAAAGGAUUAUAAUUAUAAAAAUGAUACAUAUAUGUAUUACAAAUCUGUUGAGAAAGAAUAUAACUGUAAGGAUAAAAUAUCUAUAAAUAUUAAUAAAAGUGAAGAAACCUUAAAUGAAACAAAGGAUAAAUUACUUAACACGUUUGAUCAAACUAUAAAUAAUACAUCAUAUAAAAAAAAUGACAAUAAUGUUUUAAAUAUAAAUCAUAAGGAAGUAAGAAAAGGAUUGACAUUUGAGCAGAUGAGAAGAAAAAGCUAUGAAAAUGUUUUAUGCAGUGAAAUAAAUAUAAAUCACGACAUAAAUGAAAAUAAAAAGGAAGAAAAAAAUGGAAAUAAAAAGGAAGAUAUAAAUGAAGAUAAAAAUGAAGAUAUAAAUGAAGAUAUAAAUGAAGAUAUAAAUGAAGAUAUAAAUGAAGAUAAUAUUAAAGCCUACAUUAGCAAUAUAAAUAAUCAUACUCAUAAUAUUAGUAAUAAUAAUAAUAAAAGAACGAGCGUGCAAAUAUCAUGCAAUAACAAAUACGAAAUAAAAAAUAAAACAAUAAAAAGAAGUACAGUAAAUCCAAAAAUAAAACAAGAAACUACUUCAAAAAGUAAUAUAUCCUCUUUUUUAUUAUUGAAUGAAAAAAAAAAAAAAACAAAUAAUUUUUUUCAUCAUACAAAUAAUGAAAUAAAAUCAGCAAGUCGUAACAACAUCUUAAUAAAAAAUAAACAAAUACAAAAAAAAAAAAAUAAUACAAUACAUAGCAUAACACAAAAUAAUAAUAAUAUUAAUCAUAUGGAUGAAAAAAAAAAAAAAGAAAAAUUAGCUAUUCUUAAAAUAAAUGAAGAUAUGGUUAAUAAAAAUUAUAAUGAUACAUAUAAGAAAGAGGAGGAAAAUAUAAUACAAGUGGAAAAUAAAACAAUACAAAAUAAUGAAAAAAAAAAAGAAAAUGAUAUUUAUAUAUAUAAUUCAAAAAAAAUAUAUAUAGAUAAAAAUAAUGUUCUUUUAUAUAAUAAUAAUAAAAAAAAAAUAAAUGAAGAUAUGAAUCCUUCACAUAUGGAAAUAAAAACAAAAGAUAAUUAUUUUAAAAAAAGUAAUUAUAUAGGAGAAGAAAAAAAAAAUAUAUCAUCAAUAAUUAAUAAUACCUCAAAUUUUUAUUUACAUAAUAAUAAUAUAAAUAUUAAUAAUAAUAUAAAUAAUAUAAAUAAUAAAAAUAAUAGUGAUAAUAUUAUUUCAACUAUAAAUUCAAAUAAUAAUAUAACUCAACCCAAAAAAAAACUUUUAUUUUUUAAAAAAAGAAUAAACAAAAUAAAUACAAUAACAAAUAAUAUAUGUGAACAAGAAGGAAAUAUAAACAAAACAUCUUUACAAACAAAAAGUAUAAAUCCAAUUAAUAAUCUUAAGCAAAACAAUAAUAAUAAAACAGGUGAUCAAAUUAAUAAUAUUUCUUCAACAUAUCAUAAUAAAUUAAUAAAUAUUGGUCUUAAAGUUGCAUGGGCUUCUAAUUUGUGUAAUAAAAAAAAAGUCGUAAAUGAUGAAAAAAUAUUAAAUAAAAAUAUGAAAAAUCCAAGUUUAUUAAUUGAAAAGAUAACAGAUAAUAUUAUGACAUCAUGUGAUAAUAUAAAAAACAGAAAUAAAGAUUAUACUCUUAAAAAUAAUGAUGACAAAGAAAAGGAAGAAAUAAUAAAAGAAAAAGAAUAUUCUAACAAUAUUAUUUUAAACAAAAAUGGAAAUGAUUCUUUGGAUAUCAGCAAUGUGUCUGGAAUAAGUUAUAAUAAAAAUAAAACGGAAGAAAAAAAAAACAAAACAGAAGAUAAUAAAAAUAGCAACACAUAUGAAAAUAAUAAUAAUAAAACUAGUAGUACUUAUAUUGUUGAUAAUAACUAUUUUGAUAAUAAUAAUUAUUCUAUUCAUCAUACAAGAAGUAAAGAAAGGAAGAACCAAAAAAACAUUUCCUUACAUACAAAUGAGGAUGAAGAAAAUAUGCAAAGACAAAAUAAUUAUAUUCAUAUAGAAAUUCACAAAAAAGAAAAUACAAAUCAAAAUACAAAUCAAAAUGCAAAUCAAAAUGCAAAUCAAAAUCAAAAUACAAAUUUAAAAUGUGCAUCUACAAAUAUGUAUAAUCAUAUAACGUGUGCAGAAACAAAUAAACAAAAUGUGUUGCCCAUAAGAAAUAAUUUACAUGAAAUGUCAAAUAUAAAUAUUAUAUCCAACAAUAUUGUUAAUUCAAAACAAAAUGAUGAAAUAGAAAAUGUAAAACGAGUGCAAGAAGAAGAAAUACAUGGAAUACAAACAUUAUCAGAGAUAAAAAAAUUACCAGAGAUAAAAAAAUUAUCAGAUAUAAAAAAAUUAUCAGAGAUACAAAAAAUACAACAAGAAGAAGAAAUUAAAAAAAGAAAAAAAGAAAACUCAAACGAUCAACAAGUUUUAAAUAUUGAAAACAAUAAUGAUGAUUAUAACAAUACAAGUGAAAUAUUGAUAAAUAUGGGUAAUAAUCCAUAUUUUUUAAGAAGCAAUAAUAAAAAGAGAAGAACGACGAAUUAUUCCAUACAAAAGGAAGACGAUCCUAAAAGUUCUAAUAAUCAUUAUCAACAUGAAAAUAAUUGUAAUAAUAAUAAUUGUGAUUAUAAAUCAUUUGAAAAUAAAAUAAAUUCCAAUGAAAAUUAUAUAAUAAACAAAGAAUUCAGAAAAGAUAAUCCUAAUCAUAAUGAUAAUAAUAAUAAUAAUAAAAAUAAUUCUUACAAAAAAAAAAAUGUCAAAGGUUCUAAUAUGUUAUCCAAUACACAAAUUGAGAAAAAAAUGAAAUUAAAAAAUUCAAAUAUUUUAAAAAAUUUAAAUGAUGAAUAUAUAAAUAGUCUUAUGGAUACAAAUAAUAUAAUACCAAAAAAAGAAGAAAUUGAAAAUUUUGUUUCAUUCUUUGAUAAACCCAAUGAUAAAAAUAAAAAUGAAAACUUACAUAUAUAUCAUAAUAAUAAUGAUAUUAAGUAUAUUCAAGAAAAUAAAGAAAAAUAUAUUAACAUUGUUCAAAGGUUAGCAAAUCAACAUAUUUUUUUAAACAGUCAUCAAACAGGAGAUACAAAUGGUAAAAAUAGUUACAACCACAAUAAUAAUUAUAAUUAUAAUCAUAUUCAUAAUAAUUAUCAUUAUGAUGAUAAAUAUAUUUUUGAUAAAGAAAACAAUAUCUCUUCAAAAACAAACCAUAUAGAUCCUUUCAUAUUCGAUGAUAACAAUUCUCCACUUUCUUUAAACAAUGAUGAUCAUAUAAAUUUUAAUAACGAUAAUCUUAAUAUCUCCUCAAAUUCACUUAUUUUAGAUCACGUUGAUAAGAAUCAUCACAACCUUUUUGAAAAUGACAAAGAGGAAAUGAAUACUCUUGAUGAGAAUUAUAAAAAUAAUUCUUCUAUUAAUUAUAAGGGUGAUUAUGACCUCCAAUCAAAUCAAAUGAACAAUUAUAUAUAUAAUAAUAAUAAUAAUAAUAAUAAUAAUAAUAGUGAUAUUCAUAUGGUAUCCAAUUUUAUUUAUGGAGAUACUCAUACAUAUAAAACAAAUAAACAAUUAAAAGAAAAUAUCUUUAAUAAUCACAAUGAUAUAUAUAAAGAUAUUUAUAAUAAUAAUAUCAAACAUUCCAAUGAAUGUAAUAUGAAACAAAUAAUAAAUUCGUCAUUUAUAGAUAAUGAAAUAAUUAAACUUCUAACCUCAAACAUACUAUUAAAACAAAUGAUAAUAAAUGAUAGUAAUCACAAAAAUAAUAACCAAUUUAAUAAUGACGUAGAAAAUAUGUCUCCUUGUGAUGAAAAUAUACAUAUAAAUAAUCAUAUGAACACAUAUCAUUAUGAUAAUAAAAAUUAUAUAAAUAAUUAUCAACAAACGGAAUCUUUAGAACAAGACCUUAAAAACUUUAUCUGUCAAUAUAUACUCAAUAAUAAUACAAAUGACAUACAAAAUAAUACUCACAUUCAUAAACAAAAUGAAUAUGAUGUAAAUAUAGCAAAUAUGGAUAAUAUAAACAAUAUAACAAACGAACAAAAUAUUUCAUAUUAUCAUGAUAGCAAUAAUAAUAUAAUAAUAAAUUCAAAUAAUAACACAUCUUCUAAAUUAAAUAUAAAACAUUCUUGUAACCAAAAUUUAUAUGAAAAUGAUUAUAAAAAUUCUGAAUGUUUUACAAAGGAUAUACAUCCAUUACAUAAAAACAAUUUAAUAGAUACUUAUAAAAGUAAUGAACAUAAUAAUGAAGAAUUCAAUGUAUAUACAAAAAAUUUGCAAAAUAAUAAUAAUAAUAAUAAUAAUAACAAUUCAGUUGUUACUUUAACAGAUAUUAAAAAUUUUAUACAAAAUAUAUCAAAUAUAAAUAAUGAAGAUAAUAACAAAAUUUACAAUGAUUUUGUAAAAAAACUCACAGAUAAAUAUUAUAAACAUGUAACAAAAGAAAAUGAUCAUAUUGGAUAUAAUUAUAAUGACACUUGUGAAUAUCGUAGCACAAUUACAAAUUAUAGUUAUAUUAAUAAAAAUGAAUAUGAUAUAAACAAUAAUAUAGACAAUAAUAUAAAUAAUAAUAUAAAUAAAUAUAUAAAUAAUAAUAUAAAUGAUCAUAUAAAUGGUCAUAUAAAUGAUCAUAUAAAUGAUCAUAUAAAUGAUCAUAUAAAUGGUCAUAUAAAUGAUCAUAUAAAUAAUCAUAUAAAUAAUCAUAUAAACAUUAAUAAUGAACACAUGCUACAUAAUUAUCAUCAUCCUUUUAAUUAUAAUAUUUAUAGUGAUAGUUAUGAAACAUCUAACAAUAUAAACGACAGUAAUGAUUUCCUUGGAAUAUACUCCAAACAUCUUAACAAUGAUAUCAACAAGGAAGAAAAUCAAAAUUUAUUAACACUUGAUAAAAAACACAUGAACAGGUCAGGUGAAAAAGUAACAAAGGAGCAAUUUAAAAAUAAUCAUUUAAAAAAUGCAUUUAAUAAUUCUUUAUAUGAUUUUUAUAAUAGUAAUAUUUACUCUUACAAUGAUGAUUUUAAUAUUAAAUUUAUGAAAAUUUUAAAAUUAAGAGAAAAAUAUGAAAAAUCAAAACUAAAUAAUAAAAAAUAUAUAGAUUCUACUGCUUUGGCUAGUUCUAAAAAACAUAUGAACAGUGCAGGUGAUCAGGCAAAAGUUGUGCACACUUUUUCUUCUGACGAGAUAAAAGAAUAUAACUUUUUAAAAGAAUUAUAUAAAAUACAAAAUAAUGAACAAGAAAAUGUUUCAAAUAUGUGUAUAAAUGAAAAAGAAAAUAUAUCAUUAUCCGAUGAAUAUAAAACAGGAAUCUCUCAAAAUAAGAGUAAUAAAAAUAAUUAUAACAGUUAUAGAAAUUUUUUUGAUAAUGAAUCUUCAGAUAAUGUAAAAAAAAAUAGUUCUAAUUGUAGGCAAGUGCGUUUAUCGCCAUUAUCGUGCAUAAGUAAUAGUACUUUUGAAGCUGAUAAAAAAAUUAAUAUUAAUUAUAAGGAAGACAUAUGUAUGAACGAUAAGGUAGAUAUGUCUGAACAUGAUAAGAAUGAUAUGAAUGAAAAUGUUAGGCAUGAUAUGAAUGAAAAUGAUAGGCAUGAUAUGAAUGAAAAUGAUAGGCAUGAUAUGAAUGAAAAUGAUAGGCAUGAUAUGUCUGAACAUGAUAAGAAUGAUAUGAAUGAAAAUGAUAGGCAUGAUAUGAAUGAACAUGAUAAGAAUGAUAUGAAUGAAAAUGAUAAGAAUGAUAUGUCUGAACAUGAUAGGCAUGAUAUGUCUGAGCAUGAUAGGCAUGAUAUGUCUGAACAUGAUAGGCAUGAUAUGAAUGAACAUGACAAGAAUGAUAUGUCUGAGCAUGAUAGGCAUGAUAUAUGUGAGAAUGAGAAGGAUCAUAAAUAUAAUAACCAUAGGCAUGUUAAUGACAAAAGCCGUAAACAUAAGAAAGGACAUAAGAGAGAUAGUAAAUCUCGUAAGUAUAAUUAUUACAAUAUUAUGAAAAAUUAUUAUUUUGCCUUUUUUUUAGAUUUAUACAAAAAAAAUGAAGACAAUGAGAAUAAUGAAAAUGAAGAAAAUGAUGAAAAUGAUGAAAAACAUGAAAAUGAUGAAAAUGAUGAAAAUAAUAAUAAUAAUGAUUAUAAUUGUCACUACAGUGUUGAUGAAAAUAGUAGUCUUGCAACAGAUGUUUUGAAAGAGUUCGAUGAAAAUAGAGAGAAUCACGAAUAUGAAGAAUUUGAAAAAAAAUGUGAUAAAAAAAUGAUAGAUAAAGAAAUGAUAGCUAAAGAAAUGAUAGAUGAAGAAAUGAAAGAUAAAAAAAUGACACAUAAAAAAAUGAUAGAUAAAAAAAUGACACAUAAAAAAAUGAUAGAUAAAAAAAUGACACAUAAAAAAAUGAUAGAUAAAGAAAUGAUAGAUGAAGAAAUAAUUAAUCUUAUUAAUAACAAUAUAAUAAAUAAUCUGGACAUGUCUAAAUUUGUUCAUGUUGCCACUACAACCAUAAAUAAAAACGAAAAAAAUGUUUCUCCUGAAGAUGAUUCUUCCAUAGCACAUAAUUUUACAAAUCAAAAAGAUAACAAAGAAAUGAAUAAUAUAGAAAAUACAUAUGAUAGAAUAAAAAACUUUAUAUGUCAAAAUGAUACUAACGUUAUUAAAAAAAAUAUAUCUAAUAAUCAUAAUUCAAAAGAAUACUCCGAACAUGAAAAAAAUGUAUUAGAUCUACAAGAAAACAUGAAAAAUGGUGACAAGCAAAUAUCAUCAAAUGAUCCUGAUGAAAGGCAAUUAAAUCGUAAUAUUUUAAGUAUGUGCGAAAAAAAUAAUUUGGUAGUCCCAUCAAAUAUUAUAGUUAGAAAAGAAUUUGAAGAAAACAUAAAUGAAAGAGAUAAUAUUGUAUGUGAUAAGAAGGAAUGUGAUGUAAAUGACAAAAAACUAAAUGACGAUGAUAAAAUAAAAAAUGAUAAUACUAAUUUAAAUUCCUUAAAAGAAAUAUCUUUAAACAUUCAAUCAAAAGAAACAAUAUACGAACCUGUAAAUGUGGAGAACCCUAUAUAUAAUAAUGAAAAAGAAAAAAAUACCGAAAAAGUUAUGAAUUAUACAUAUGAUAAAUACUCACAUAAAGAAUUAAAUGACAUUAAGAAUAUUAAUAAUGAUAUAGAAAAAAAAGAAUCAGAAAUAUUAUAUGAAACAAAUAAAGAUGAUAUAUUUUUAAAUGAAGAAAAUAUUAUGAAUGAAAAUAAAUUAAAUACAGAUAUAAAUGAACAUAUAGAGAUACAUAUUAAUAAUGAGAAUACUUAUGAUUCAAAUACUAGAAAUGCUAUUGUUCAAGCAGAAAAAUUAAAUAGUGAUAUACCAUAUAUAACGAACAUUUAUAAAGAAAUGCAUAGAUCUCCUGUCAUGCCAUUACGAAUCGAAGCUUUUCAUUCUUUAGAAGAUCAAAGAUUAAUAUAUGGGAAACCAGACUGGCAAAAAUUUUUAUGUCCUUUGUGUGAUAAAAAAUAUUAUCCUCCAAAUAGUUAUAUAAAAAAUUAUUCACAUUAUUUAAAUGAACAUUGGAUGAAUAGAAAAAUUCUUGGAGGAUAUAUUAUUUUUCCUUGUAAAUUAAUACAUAAUAAAGAAGAUAUGGAAGAAAAUAAAACAAAUAUGAAUUAUAUUAAUAAAGGAAUUAAAAAGAAGAAAAAAAAAACAAAAAGAAUUAUAAUCGAUCCACAUUAUCAUUGUCCAUUGUGUGUAAAUAUUUAUUUUGAUAAUUAUAAUAUGUUGACAGAGCAUUGUUCAAGUGUUCAUAAAAAUUCUGGUGCUGACCCUUCAAGGACACUUCCCUCAAAUUUAGUGCACACUCCUUUUAUAAAUAGCAAUGAUUACGUUUGUUCAUUAAAAAAAAUGGAAAACGAAAAAGAUAAUGACAAUAACAACAAAGAUAAUGACAAUAAGAACAAAGAUAAUGAUAAUAAGAACAAAGAUAAUGAUCAUAACAAAGAUAAUGAUAUUGAUAAAUGUGUAGAUAAUGUGUUAAUAGAGGAAAAACAUGAAUUCCUAAAUAUUAAAGGAUCACACACAGAAAAAGACGAAAUUAAGCAUGACAACAAUAAUAAUAAUCACAUGAACGAUGAUAAUAAUAAUAAUAAUAAUAUUAAUAUUAAUAAGGAUGAUGAUGAAAAUAUUAAUAAACAGGAGUUGUUAACCACAUCAAAUGAAAAAUCCUUCAAUCUCAAUCUCUUAAAUAAUAUAAAUCAGAAAAAAAAAAGAAACACACGUAAUAGCAAAGUCAUUUUUUGUGAAGAAAUACAAGUACGCGAGUAUGACAUUGAACUGUCAAGAAUUGAAAAAUUUGGAGCAAGCAUUGGCCCAGUUUUUACGGAUGAAGAGAAAAAAAAUGAAGAGAACAAAAAUGAAGAAAACAAAAAUGAAGAAAACAAAAAUGAAGACAAUAAAAAUGAAGAGAAAAAAAAUGAAGAGAACAAAAAUGAAGAGAAAAAAAAUGAAGAAAACAAAAAUGAAGAAAACAAAAAUGAAGACAAUAAAAAUGAAGAGAAAAAAAAUGAAGAGAAAAAAAAUGACGAGAACAAAAAUGAAGAGAAAAAAAAUGAAAAAAAUAAUAACCAAAUAAAUAUAUAUGUUAAUAAAGAGAUAAACCAAAUAUAUACAAAUUCUAUUAAUAACAAAGAUGAGAAUAAAGUGGAAAUUCAUAAUAACAAUCUAUCUCAAAAUUUAAAAGAUAAUGUUUCAAAAUGUGAUCAAAUAACAGAUCAAUAUAAAGUACAUGAACAAAAUAGCCAAAAUGAUGAAAAAAUUCUGACUUGUUCAGAAUUUUUUGAAAAUGACGAAAGUGUAAUAAAAGAAAAAGUAGAAAAUUCAAAAGUAAAAUCAUCAAAUGAAGAUGAUAAUAAAAUAGAGAAAUAUAAAAAGAAUUAUAUCGAACAAACAUCUGAUGUAGAGACAUAUAAUAUAGAGAUAUAUAAUAAUGAUAUAGAAAAUAAAACAUUACUAAACAGUGAAAACAAUAAUCAAUCAUUGAAACAAAUUACAAAUAAUUGUAAUGAACUUACAGCUAAUGAAGAGAAAAAGGAAAAUAUUUUGAUUAGCAAUAAUAAAAAUAAUGAUGAUAAUACAAGUGUAAAAAAUGUACAUAUAGUAAAUAAUAAAAAAAUUACCAGAAUAAAAGAAAAUGAAUUGUUGUCUUCAAAUAAAAUAACAAAAGGAAUUAAAAAUUAUAAUUUAUCCAGAAGAUAUAAUAAAGAUGAAUGUUUAAAUAAUGAAAAAUUAGUCGAAAUGGAGGAUGAUAAAAAUUAUAGUGUACAUGUUGAAGAAAAUAACAGAAAUAUAAUAAAAAAUGAACGAUUAAAUGGUAUCUUUAAAGGAUCAAUGAAAGGUGAUGAGAUGGUAGGGACUACAAAGAAAUAUGGAAGAACAAAUAUAUUAAAUAAAAAAGAUAUAAAAAGAGCUACACAAAGGAAAAUAUCACAGAAUAUCCCAAUAAACGUAACAAAUGAUACGUCAAAUGAUAAGUCAAAUGAUAAGUCAAAUGAUAUGUCAAAUGAUAUGUCAAAUGAUAUAUCAAAUGAUAUAUCAAAUGAUUUAUCAAAUAAUAUAUCAAAUAACAUGUCAAAUGAUUUGUCAAAUGAUUUGUCAACUGAUAUGUCAACCGAUAUUUCAAACGGAUUAACAGAAGACACGUCAAAUGCACUUACUUCCCUUUUGAGCUUUAAUCUACUUUCUUCAGGAAGUGAUAAAAAAAUACCAUUUACAGAAAUAAAUUAUGAGGAACAUUUACAAAUUAAAACACAAGCAAUAACAGAAAUAUUGUUAGAAAAUAGAAUAGAAAAUAACAAAGAACAUGAUUUUACUCCUCCAAAUAGAAAAAGAGGUACUUUCAUAAAUAAACAAAUCAAUAAUAUAAAUAAAAAUAUAGUAUCCAAAUAUAAAAGGAAAAUAAAAUUGUAUUCAUCAAAAGAUCAAAAACAAAAUGAAACAAAUAUGAUAUGUAAAAAUGUGACAGAUACAGAAAAUAUUUAUAUUCCUCCUGAUAAGAUAAAUUUAAAUGUGAAAAAGGAAAAAGAAAAUGAUACCUUAAAAAAAAUAAUACGUCCCAAAAAAAAAGAAAAAAUUGUUCCUACAAAAAUAAAUUGUCGACAAAGUGCUCGAAUUAAAAAUAAACAGAAGGGAUCUAAUUAA